GUCUUCGUGCGCUUCUACGGCGUGAGCACCUUCGCCAUCGACUGGCUCUCCAUGUGCUACAUGCUCACCUACAUCCCCCUGCUCUUCCCCGUCGCCUGGCUGCUGGACAAGCACGGCCUGCGCCCCAUCGCCCUGGCCGGCUCGGCGCUCAACGGGCUGGGUGCCUGGGUGAAGCUGGGCAGCUUGAAGCCGCAUCUCUUCGCUGUCACCGUGCUGGGGCAGGUGGUGUGCUCCGUGGCGCAGGUCUUCAUCCUGGGCAUGCCCUCGCGCAUCGCCUCCGUCUGGUUCGGCCCCCAAGAGGUCUCCACCGCCUGCUCUCUCGCCGUCUUCGGGAACCAGCUUGGAAUUGCCCUGGGCUUUCUGGUCCCUCCCGUUCUGGUUCCCAAUGUGGAAGAUGAGGAGAAGCUGGCCUACCACAUCAGCAUCAUGUUCUUCAUGACAGCAGGGGUGGCAACAGCCCUCUUCAUCCUAGUUGUCAUAGUGUUCAAGGAGAAGCCUCCACAUCCUCCGAGCCAAGCUCAGGCCUUGAUACAGUCGAGACCACCGGAGGAAUAUUCCUACGUGCGAUCGAUCCUCCGCCUGCUCCGCAACACCAACUUUGUGCUGCUCAUGGUCACUUAUGGUUUGAAUACAGGGUGCUUCUACUCCCUGUCCACCCUUCUGUUUGUGUGUGUGUGUGUCUUAUCACAGGGGGAGGAGGUGAAUGCUGGCAGGAUUGGACUCACCAUUGUACUCUCGGGCAUGGUUGGGGCCCUGAUCUCCGGCAUCUGGUUGGAUAGAAGCAAAACCUACAAGCAGACAACGGUCGUGGUUUAUAUCAUGUCUCUGGUGGGAAUGGUCGUCUACACGUUCACGCUGAGCCUGGGCUCACUCUGGGUGCUCUUCGUGACGGCGGGCGUGCUGGGGUUUUUCAUGACAGGAUACCUGCCCCUGGGUUUUGAGUUCGCUGCAGAGUUAACAUAUCCAGAAUCAGAGGGAACAUCAUCAGGGCUCCUUAACGUCUCAGCACAGAUCUUUGGUAUUGCUUUCACCAUCAGCCAAGGACAGAUCAUGGAUCACUUUGAGACAAAGGCAGGAAACCUCUUUCUUUGUUCCUUCCUAUUCCUGGGGACUAUCAUGACAGCAUUUAUUAAGGCUGAUCUUCGAAGACAGCAGGCCAAUUUGGAAAGUGAACAAACAAAAGUGAUUCCCGAAGCCUGCACUGAUCCCAUCGUCCUUGAAGAAUCCAAGCUGUGAAAAGGAGGGGUGG